AUGCAUCGUGAGCGCUCAGAUCGUCAGAAUGAUUCCGCCGACGCCCACCGUCUGGUCAGCCUGCACCUGUGGGUCUCUGACACCUGCCUCUCUCUGGGCUGCUUUUUCGACCACGACGUGGCCUUGGAAGGCCGCGCCCUCUUCCAGGAUGUGCAGAAGCUGUCCCAAGAUGAGUGGGGUAGAACCCUGGACGCCAUGGAAGCUGCCCUAGCCCUGGAGAAAACACUCAACCAGGCCCUUCUGGACCUGCACGCCGUGGGGUCCACUCACGCUGACCCCCAUCUCUGUGACUUUCUGGAGAACCACUUCCUGGACAAAGAGGUGAAACUCCUCAAGAAGAUGGGCGACCACCUGACCGACAUCCGCAGGCUGGCCAGCCCCCAGGCCGGGCUGGGCGAGUAUCUCUUCGAGAGGCUCACCCUCAAACACGACUAGGAACCUGCAGCGCCGAGCCUCCUGAGAGGGGCCCUCUGCCGGCCUUAGCCCCUCUGCCUGAAACUGCCCCCACGCCAGCCACAGCGCCACCGCCCUGGAGCCCAUCCCCCAAGCCGGGACCAAAUGAAAACAAUAAAGCG